UGUCAGUGAAAGGAGGAGGAAGAGGAGGGGGACCAGCAGGAAAAAGAGCUGCUCUCUAUCCCAUGUGUUUGAGGGAGAAAAUCAGCCAUACACUACGGGGUUAUGAGCUCCAUGUAGCGUAACCUUUUUAAAAACGAAAUCCCCUGAAAUUAAACGCGCACCAGUUGGAUUAUUUUUCCACUCUUUUCCCGAAAAAAUGCUUCCCUGCUCAUCAUCCGCGCAGACGGAAGGAUGCGAGGAGGAGAGCGACGCGCACAUGCAAACAGAGUGCAACAGACUGACUGAGGAGAGGGAUGAGGCACAGAGGCAGCUCAAACACAUCAAAAGAGUUUCUCAGAUGGUGAUUGAGGAGGUCAGCGUUCUGCAGACUCAGCUCGAGAUCGAGAAGUCGUGUCGAGAGAAUGCAGAGGCACUGGCCACUAAGCUAAACUGUGAAAACAGGAAACUGAAAUACCUGAGCCUGUCGUCUCGGCCCUGUUUGGAUGAACUGCUUCCAAGCAUCUCUGACUGCAUUGCGCUCGAAGCUGACGGAGACCCUGCAGACUCAGUGGACAACAGCCCCGACACCUUCUCUCACUGCCAGCAACAGGUUAAAGAGCUGAGGGAGACAGUGAACAGUUUAUUGGAGGAGAAGAAAAGUUUUGUCUGUCAGAUUCACAAACAGCAGAGACAGUUAGAAGAGCUGACCAUACAGUCUGAGAAAAAUCAGGAGGAGAUGAAACAGCUUCGUGAAACAGUCGAGCAACAAAGCAAAACCAUCAAGAGAUUUAACAGAGUCUCCAUGAUGGCAGCCCAAGAGUACGAAGGAAUGAAGGAUCAGCUUAACUUGGAGCAGAACCUCAGAGUCAAAGCUGAGACCUAUGCACACGAGAUGCUGGUUAAGCAGAAGGAGGCCAACAGGCAGAGCAUGCUGCUGCUGCAGAGUGCUGAGCCCAGCGUUCAGCUGCUGAAAGCUCUGGAGGAUGUUGCUGCUAUCACUAAAACCCUGGAGGAGGAGCGUCUGCAGCAUCAGCAGAAGGUGGAGAGUCUGAAGGCACAGCUAGAGGAAAGCUGUGUGAAAAAACAGCUGCAAGAUCUUCAGAGACAGCUGGAGCUGCUAGAGGUGGAAAAGAAGGAGGUGGAGGGUCGGCUGGAGCAGGCAGAGAAGAAAAACGAGGAGCUUGAGAAAAGAGUCCACGAGCUCCAGGAGGCCCAGGACAAAAUUACGGACAGUGCGAGUCUCCCUCCCCCAGCACCUGGGGUAGCACCCCCUCCUGCACCUCCUCCACAGCCACCUCCACCCCCUCCUCCUCCCCCUCCCCCUCCCCCACCUCCUCCCCCCUCCAGAUGCAACCCCCUCAGCUCUCUGAUCGCCAUCAUGCGGAAGUCUUCCAAAGGGUCCAAACCAAAGGUGGAGCCCACUCCAGCUGCUGAAGGCAUGGACGAUGUCAAGGUAAAGGCGGUGAACGAGAUGAUGGAGCGGAUCAAACACGGCGUCGUCCUGCGACCCGUCAAAAGUCAGGACAGCAAGAAAAUAGCAGUGAAACCUCCACCCUGUGAGGAGAAGCAGCAGGAAAGCGCCAUGGAUGAACUGAAAUGCAUCCUGGAGACGGUGAAGAGGAGCCCCAGCCGAGGAUCCCAGGAGUCUGGACCGUCGCCGCCGGGAAAGAAGGACAGUGAGCUGGAGGUCAUCCUGAGGCGGCGGCGCAACAAGGCUGGAGAGGCUGGAUCAGGAGAUGAACGCGAGGGCCACAUGAGCCACGUCUCUUCUUCUGACAGCUUGAAUGGGAGACGCACCAGCAGCGAUUCGGGUAAGGAUUCAGAGGGUCUGAGCGGACUGAGCGCCCCCUCUGAGGCAGCGGGAAUAAUCCGGGUCAGUCCAGACAGAAGGGGCUCUGGACCGGGGCCCGCAGUGGCCCCAAGGAAGCGCUCUGACAUGGAGAGAAGAUCCUGCAGCUCUCUGUCUGAGAAGGAAACGUCUGAGUCUCCAGUCAGCAAUGGCUGCAUUAGCAGCAAUGAUGAGGAAAAUCAGAUGAAGUCAAAUGGAGUCGACCAUGAGGAGCCCGGCAACAGCACCCACACCGAGUAUGUAAACGUUAGCGCUGACGCCGACUGCUGAGAUGAACUCUGAUGGUUUUAUUCUCCGAUAUGAAAAGAAAGAAAUCAGUUGAAACACAUUUGCCUUUUUACUCCUAUGGUAUCAAAUGUGCAUUGAAAAUGUAUUUUUUUCUCCGAUUUACACUAACUAUCCGACAUUAGGUAACUAACCACAGUAACAUAAACAAAUCACAGCUGAUUUUUUCAGAUGAUUUACCCCCGAGAUAUUUCUAAAAUGUGCAUAAAUUGUUCUAAAAUUGUUGUUUAUAAGCAAAGCCCAGGUUUAAACACUAACAUGACAGCUGCUGCAGAAAGCCACCUGACUAACACAGACGUUAUAAAAGGCUAGUCAAAGAUUUAUAGAGUUCAAUUGUUCUUAUUUUACCUCCUGUAUCAAACCUCUCGUGUUCACAUAAUAAAGGAUAUUAAAUCUGCUUAUAUAA